AUGGCGGGAGGACGGCGGGGUCUCGUGGCCCCUCAGAACACGUUCCUGGAGAACAUCGUGCGCCGGUCCAACGUUUGGACAUUAUCACAUAGACAGACAGAUACCAACUUCGUGCUGGGAAACGCUCAGAUCGUCGACUGGCCCAUCGUCUACAGCAACGACGGCUUCUGCAAACUGUCCGGUUACCAUCGAGCCGAAGUCAUGCAGAAGAGCAGCACCUGCGGCUUCAUGUACGGAGAGCUGACUGACAAAGAGAUGACGGAGAAGGUUCGUCUCACCUUCGAGAACUACGAGAUGAACUCUUUUGAGAUUCUGAUGUACAAGAAAAACCGGAUGCCGGUGUGGUUCUUCGUGAAGAUCGCUCCAAUCAGGAACGAGCAGGACAAAGUUGUCCUGUUUCUCUGCACCUUCAGUGACAUCACCGCCUUCAAGCAGCCAAUCGAGGACGACUCUUCAAAAGGUUGGGGUAAAUUUGCCCGUCUGACUCGAGCGUUGACCAGCAGUCGAGGAGUUCUGCAGCAGCUUGCUCCGGCUGUGCAGAAAGGAGAAAACGUCCACAAACACUCGCGCCUAGCAGAGGUUCUCCAGCUGGGCUCGGACAUCCUGCCUCAGUACAAACAGGAAACUCCGAAAACGCCGCCGCAUAUCAUCCUGCACUACUGCCUCUUCAAGACGACGUGGGACUGGGUGAUCCUCAUCCUCACCUUCUACACCGCCAUCAUGGUGCCAUACAACGUCUCCUUCAAGACCAAGCAGAACAACGUCACCUGGCUGGUGGUGGACAGCAUCGUGGACGUCAUCUUCCUCGUCGACAUCGUCCUCAACUUCCACACCACCUUCGUCGGGCCGGCGGGCGAGGUCAUCUCCGACCCCAAACUCAUCCGCAUGAACUACGUCAAGACCUGGUUCGUCAUCGACCUGCUGUCCUGUCUGCCUUAUGACGUCAUCAACGCCUUCGAGAACGUGGACGAGGGUAUCAGCAGUCUCUUCAGCUCCCUGAAAGUGGUGCGCCUCCUGCGUUUGGGUCGCGUUGCUAGGAAACUGGACCACUACAUCGAGUAUGGCGCUGCUGUGCUGGUGUUACUGGUGUGUGUGUUCGGGCUGGCGGCUCACUGGUUGGCGUGUAUCUGGUACAGCAUCGGCGACUACGAGGUGAUCGACGAGGACAACAACAGCGUGCGUAUGGACAGCUGGCUGUUCCUGCUGGGCGAGACGGUGGGAACGCCGUACCGCUUCAACGCCUCGGGUUCGGGCCGAUGGGAAGGCGGACCGAGCAAGGACUCGGUCUACAUCACCUCGCUGUACUUCACCAUGACCAGUCUGACCAGUAUCGGCUUCGGGAACAUCGCGCCCAACACCAAUGGGGAGAAGAUCUUCGCCGUGGCCAUGAUGAUGAUCGGAUGUGAGUUUGAUUCAUGGAGGGGGAAAGUGGUUGUCGGUGCAGCAGACGUGAGCGGCAGCGGUGGCGGUGGCGGCGAUGCGGGCGUGCACGGAGGGAAAGAGCGCGAGGCGACGAUGUCAUUGGUUUCCCAAGGGGACGCUACUGAGAAGCUGGCUCACCAAGUCGCGGCCCAGGUUGCUGCUGCUGAUCGCAGGGUUGAAGAGGCCUCAGGUGACCCUCAUGCGGAGGAAAAGGAUGAAGCGCACAAAAGUAGCAAAGGCCACGUAAGCGAACCUGCAGCCGGAUGCCCCACUUCACCUGAGUCCUUAACGGAGAGGAUCUGCUCGUUAGAUAUGGAAGACAAACAGAAGCAAGACCAGCGCGUCGGAUCUUUUCCCCAACGACGAACUAAAACCCAACAACCACAAAACCCAGUGAAGCCAGAGGACAAACCACAGAGAUUGAGACCUCCAGAUUAA